AUGAUUAAUGUCCACUCUGCAUCUCUUCGAUUGUUCAAUAAAUCAUCAAUUAUCAUGCCUGCAUCUCCACACCUGCCAGUAGAGAUUGUAGAGCGCAUUAUAGCCUGCUUCCAUGAUGAUAUGCUACGUGCUCCUGCCGAUCCAACAAACAGUGCAGACACUCCCUUCUUACAUCAAACUUCCAUCAAUCGAUUGUUAAGUUUGCGUUUACUCGGUCGGUCUUGGGCAAUUGCAAUACCACCCUUUGUCUGUGCCUCUCUGACAUUGAACGCCAACUUGAUCCAUACCUUCUCAAUUGGAUUCACCUCUACUGUAUCCUCACCUGUAACCCACUUACGUCGCCUGUGCUUGGAUCGGGUCAUGUUCUUUUCAUCUGCAGUGCUCAAUAACUUACAAGACAACUUUCCGCAAGGCAAUCUAAGCCAAGGAAUCAAGUUGCUAGAGUAUCCUUCGUCUGCCGGAGUCGAGCUCACAGCAACAAUUAUCAUCGAUUUAGCGCAAUCUUUCCACGGCCUCUUUGUCCAUACCAUCCCAACCUCUAUUGAAGAUGAUGUUUGUUUGUUAAGACUUCCAAAGCUUAAAGUUAUACGUGCUUUGUACGUUGAUCCUACAGAUCGUCAGCCAACCUUCCUACGGUACCCUAUCUUCGAAACAGUCGAGGUCAUCAUCACCAGCUAUGUCAAUAGUAGAAAUUAUUGGAAGAAGGCCAUGACAGAUGAACGCUCGAUGCUCAGGGAUGCGCCAAAACUUAAACAUGUUGUCUUAGUUACCUGGAACGGUCGAUCUACACAUGACCCUGAGUUGGUAGCCCUGUUCAAAAGCCACAACAUAAAGUGUCAUUUUAGGCCGGAACUAUCACAUGACGAAGUCAUAUAUUUGAACCCACUUCAAACAGAACUUUAUUGA